CACUACCUAAGCGUCUUUCCUUUCCGUUAUUCUCCUCCUCCUUCCUGUUACACGCCAAACGAAACGGCAACACGCAGAGAGAGGAAGAGAACCAACCCCCGCCAAAAACCAAAAGAAAUAUCGGAAAAAAUCAGAAUACCCCGAACUUUCCUACCUUCCAAACACCUCCCUUGGAAUAGAAAAUUCAAUUUUAUUCAAUUUGAUUUGAUUUCGAUUUUAAUUUGAAGAUAUGACCGAUGCGUUUUGCACCGACUGCAAGCGCCAUACCGAGGUGGUCUUCGACCACUCGGCCGGAGACACUGUCUGCUCCGAGUGCGGUCUCGUUCUCGAGUCCCAUUCCAUCGAUGAGACCUCCGAGUGGCGUACCUUCGCCAACGAGUCCGGUGACAAUGACCCGGUCCGUGUCGGCGGACCCACCAACCCUCUCUUGGCAGAUGGAGGAUUGUCUACCGUGAUCGCCAAGCCCAACGGCGCCAGCGGCGAGUUCUUGUCUUCGUCUCUGGGUAGGUGGCAGAAUCGUGGGUCGAAUCCGGAUCGGGGUCUGAUACUGGCAUUUAAGACCAUAGCCACCAUGUCUGAUAGGUUGGGCCUUGUAGCAACCAUCAAGGAUCGAGCCAAUGAGAUAUAUAAGAGGGUGGAAGAUCAAAAGUCUAGUAGAGGAAGAAAUCAGGAUGCAUUAUUGGCUGCUUGCUUGUACAUUGCUUGUAGACAAGAAGACAAGCCACGCACUGUAAAGGAAAUUUGCUCUGUCGCUAAUGGAGCCACAAAGAAGGAAAUUGGCCGAGCAAAAGAGUACAUAGUGAAACAACUGGGACUGGAGAAGGGACAGUCUGUGGAGAUGGGAACGAUACACGCUGGAGACUUUAUGAGGAGAUUCUGUUCCAAUCUUGGUAUGAAUAAUCAAGCGGUUAAAGCUGCCCAAGAAGCUGUGCAGAAAUCAGAAGAGUUUGAUAUAAGGAGGAGCCCUAUAUCAAUUGCAGCGGCAGUUAUUUAUAUUAUAACUCAGCUUUCAGAUGAUAAGAAGCCUCUUAAAGAUAUUUCUGUUGCCACUGGAGUGGCAGAAGGAACAAUUAGGAACUCCUACAAAGAUCUUUAUCCUCAUGUAUCGAAGAUAAUACCAAGCUGGUAUGCCAAGGAAGAGGAUCUGAAGAACCUAUGCAGCCCUUGAGAAAUUUAAAAAUGUAGAGCGAAACAGAAAGCAGCAGUAUAGGUGUCUGAGAAUCGGGUGUUGAGGGGUUAACAGGUGUUGAAUUUAAUGGAAUUGUUCAACAUACAAAAGUUGCUAGCCUCGAGUAUUGUGGGAAUUUUCUUUAACUUAUUUUAUUAUUAUUAUCAAUUUUUUUUUUU